AUGGCCAGCUACCUCGCCAGCAAGGUGACCAAGCGCUAUGUCGGCGGGCAAGCCAAAAAGUACGAGCCUGAGGAUCCGCUGUACGAGUUCUACACCGCCCCCAACGGCAAGCAGAAGCGUCGCAAACGUGCCCUGCCACCGGGCCUCACACGCAAACAGGCCAACCUGCUCAGGAAGAUCAAAAAGCGUGCCCACUACCUCGACAAGGGCUUCCACGUCUGCGGCCUGCGGUUCGGAUGGACGUUCUUCAUCGGAAUCGUGCCCGGUCUGGGUGAUCUGGUGAAUGCGGUGCUCAACCACACGCUCGUGGUCAAUCCGGUCAAGAAGGAGUUCGACGACAGACCCGACUGGCUCAUCCGCCAGAUGAUGUUCAACAACGCUGUGUCCACCGGUGUGGGCUUUGUACCCUUGGUCGGAGAUGUGGUCAUGGCGGCAUGGAGGACCAACUCACGAAACGCAAAGUUGCUCGAGGAGCUGCUCCGGCUCCAGGGCGAGCAGAAUAUUGCUAAUGGGUUGCCGGACCUGACACCUCGCUCGCCCAACGAUCCGCACCCUGCGCAGAACGAGGCUCAGGCUCAUUUGCAGCAAUCCGCGGGGGCAGCGGGGGCAAACAGCUCCGUCGGCAACUCGACGUCGAACCUUGUGCAGAAUGGCAAUCAGGGCACGACGAAGGGUGCGGCACGAGUGCAGCAGCAGCCCAUGCAAGAUACCUCAAUUGCGCCCGCUUCCGGCGCUGCAGCCAAGAAGAAGUGGUACUCGCGCUGA